AUGGGCGGACAGUGCUGCUGCUUAUCCGCCGAGGAGAAGGCGAAUCGGAUGAUGAGCUUGGAGAUUGAGCGGCGGCUGCGCCAGGACAAGCGCGAUUCGCGCAAGGAGCUCAAACUGCUGCUGCUGGGUACAGGAGAAAGUGGGAAAAGUACAUUUAUUAAGCAAAUGAGGAUUAUUCAUGGAUCAGGCUAUUCAGAAGAAGAUCGGAAAGCCUUCACAAAAUUGGUUUAUCAAAACAUAUGUUCUUCCAUGCAAGCUAUGAUCAGAGCCAUGGAUACUUUACAAAUACCAUACUCAUCUGAGCAGAGCAAGGAGGAUGGCCAGAGGAUUGAAGAAGUGGAUGUAGACAGAUUAACGACACUGGAAAGAAAACACGUGGAAGCAAUUAAGAGGCUGUGGGAGGACUCCGGAAUCCAAACAUGCUACAACAGGCGGAGAGAAUACCAGUUGACAGAUUCGGCAAAAUAUUACCUAUCAGACAUAGACCGUAUUGCCGUGCCAUCAUUUGUACCAACUGAGCAAGAUGUUCUCAGGGUGAGAGUGCCAACCACUGGAAUUAUUGAAUAUCCUUUUCAGCUAGAAAAUAUUAUUUUUAGAAUGGUCGAUGUUGGUGGACAGAGGUCAGAAAGAAGGAAGUGGAUUCACUGCUUUGAAAGUGUGACCUCCAUAAUAUUCUUAGUUGCUCUGAGCGAAUAUGAUCAAGUCUUGGCAGAAUCUGACAAUGAGAAUCGUUUGGAAGAAAGCAAGGCCUUAUUUAAAACAAUAAUCACAUACCCUUGGUUUAUGAACUCUUCGGUCAUCUUGUUCUUAAAUAAAAAAGAUCUUUUGGAAGAGAAGAUUAUGUUCUCCCAUUUGGCCACCUAUUUCCCACAGUUUACAGGACCCAAGCAAGACGUCAAAGCUGCUAGGGAGUUCAUUCUGCAGUUAUACAAGGAUCAGGUUCCAGACAAAGAGAAAAUCUAUUACCAUUUCACAUGUGCCACUGACACAGAGAACAUUCGAUUUGUCUUUGCUGCUGUCAGAGACACCAUCCUGAAUUUGAAUCUAAGGGAGUUCAACCUGGCAUAA